AAACGGUCGCCCCAUGCAACUCCGAACUCCCAAAUCCAGCGAGCGACUUCAGUUCUCCACCUCGUCUUCUCUUCCCGUCUUCCAUAAAGAAAAAAAAACCCUAAAAUCGAACCAGAAAACAAAAAAAUCGAUUAGUUUGCUUAAUUUAAUACAAAAAACACAAUUAAACUACUCAUUCAAUUGAUGAUAAAACCUUACGGUUGUCGAGUUGAGCAAUGGGAGCAAGUCGAAAGCUACAAGGUGAAAUUGAUCGCGUCCUAAAGAAGGUUCAGGAAGGCGUUGACGUUUUUGAUAGCAUCUGGAACAAGGUUUAUGAUACGGACAACGCAAAUCAGAAAGAGAAAUUUGAGGCAGACUUGAAGAAGGAGAUAAAAAAGCUGCAGAGGUAUAGGGACCAGAUUAAGACAUGGAUUCAGUCCAGCGAGAUCAAGGAUAAGAAGGUUAGUGCCUCUUAUGAGCAGGCUUUGGUGGAUGCUCGCAAGCUUAUCGAGCGUGAAAUGGAGAGAUUUAAGAUUUGUGAAAAGGAAACAAAGACAAAGGCAUUUUCUAAAGAAGGGCUGGGUCAACAACCUAAGACUGAUCCAAAGGAGAAAGCCAAGUCAGAGACAAGGGAUUGGUUAAACAAUGUGGUUGGGGAGCUGGAAUCUCAGAUUGAUAGCUUUGAAGCUGAGAUGGAAGGGCUAUCAGUUAAGAAAGGAAAGACAAAACCUCCUAGGCUGAUGCAUUUAGAUACAUCUAUUUCGCGACACAAGCUUCAUAUAAUGAAGUUAGAAUUGAUCUUGAGGCUGCUGGAUAAUGAUGAAUUGAGUCCUGAGCAGGUCAAUGAUGUUAAAGACUUCCUUGAUGACUAUGUGGAACGUAAUCAGGAGGACUUUGAUGAAUUUAGUGACGUUGAUGAGCUCUAUAGCUCAUUACCAUUAGACAAGGUGGAAACGCUUGAAGAACUUGUCACACCUGCUCUUGUUAAGGGUGCACCAGUUCAUAGCUUGAAGACUUCUGUGACUUCACCUUCAUCCCCAUUGCCUGCUACCGCUGCGACAUCUACUCAUCUUCAGGCUGCUUCUGUUCAAGAGCAAGCCGAGGAUACGGCUUCUCAAGACAGUAAUCCUGAUAUUGUUCCAAGAACACCACCUGCCAAAAGUAGCAUGAUUAGCUCUUCUGCUGCAUCAACACCAACUGUAAAUCAUUCAACUCCUAUUUCUGUGGGUGUUCCUGCUCAUUCAUUAUCUGCUGUGUCAGCUUCCGCAAUACUUUUAAAUUCAACUCCUGUUCGAGGUGCAUCAGAAAAUGUCGCUGCUGUUGCUAAUCCUCCAUCUCCUGCAACACUGGCAAAUCCUGCGAAGGAGGAAGAGAUUGCAGGUUUUCCUGCCCGUAGACCAUCACCAUCUCUUUCUGAUACUGGACUAUCAAGGGGCAUUGGUAGAGGUGGCCUCUCUACUCAGGCCCCAUCUAGUGUUCCUCUUAGUUCUGGUGUAAUUUCCAGCAAUGGAUCCCUUGGUACAGUAACUUCAGCAUCCGAAAUUGCAAAAAGAAAUAUGUUAACAACAGAUGAUAAAUUCGGGAGUAGUGGAAUGGUGCAGCCUUUGGCUUCUCCACUAAGUAACCGAAUGAUCUUACCCCAGGCUGGAAAAACUGCUGAUGGAAUUAUGGCUGAUUCUAGUAAUGUUGGUGAAGCUGCUGCAAUAGGUGGAAGAGCCUUUUCCCCUUCAUUGGUCCCCGGGAUGCAAUGGAGAAAUCAGAAUGAAUCGGGACAAUUUCGUACAAGAGCUGAAAUUCCUCCUGAUCAAAGGGAGAAAUUUUUGCAACGCUUUCAGCAGGUUCAGCAGCAGGGUUCUAACACUCUUCUCGGUAUGCCACCUCUUGGUGGAACACAUAAACAGUUCUCUUCCCAACAAAACUCACUUUUGCAGCAGUUUAAUUCUCAGAGCUCCUCUGUCUCUCAAGCCGGUCUCGGACUUGGGGUUCAGACACCGAGUCUUAGUGCUGUUACAUCUGCUGCCCUACAGCAGCCAAAUCCCCUGCUCCAACAGUCUCAACAAGCUGUAAUGUCAAAAGAUGCUGAUGUCGGCGUGUCAAAAGUUGAGGACCAGCAGCAGCAGUCGCAGAAUUUACCUGAUGAAUCGACUGCUGAAUCUGCCCCCGCGCCUGGGCUAAGCAAGAAUCUUGUGAAUGAGGAUGAAUUGAAAACUCCAUACUCAAUGGAUACUCCUACAGGAGCAUCGAGCUCUUUGCCGGAGCCUACCCAGUUGCCUAGAGAUACUGAUCUUUCUCCUGGACAGCCCAUACAAUCAAAUCAAUCUUCAAUUGGCCUUGGCGUUAUUGGUCGAAGAAGUAUCUCUGAUCUUGGUGCCAUUGGUGAUAAUCUCAGCGGAUCUUCUAUGAAUUCUGGAGCAAUGCAUGAUCAGUCAUACAAUUUGCAGAUGCUUGAGGCUGCAUAUCACAAACUUCCGCAGCCAAAAGACUCGGAACGUGCUAGGAGCUAUAAUCCAAGACACCCUGCGCCCACACCUCCAAGCUAUCCUCAAGUUCAAGCACCCAUUGUAAAUAAUCCUGCAUUCUGGGAACGACUAACCCUGGAUAGCUAUGGCACUGAUACUUUAUUCUUUGCUUUCUAUUAUCAACAGAAUACUCAUCAGCAAUAUUUGGCUGCUAGAGAGCUAAAGAAACAAUCCUGGAGAUAUCAUAGAAAAUACAACACCUGGUUUCAACGGCACGAAGAGCCCAAAGUUGCAACUGAUGAAUAUGAACAGGGAACAUAUGUCUACUUUGAUUUUCAUAUUGCCAAUGAUGACCUCCAACAUGGAUGGUGCCAGAGAAUCAAGACUGAGUUCACUUUUGAAUACAACUAUCUUGAAGAUGAACUACUUAUUUAAAAGAUGUGCAAUGCUACAACAACUGAUUCUGGUUCCUAAUUUUAUCUAAUUGCCAAAAAUAUUGAGUUCAUAAUCUUUUUUCUUUUACCUUGAUUUUGCUGGAGUGUGUAUAUAGUCUGUAUAGCAAUUUUCAAUUAAUUUUACAGCUUCAUGGCUAGCGUUGGUAAGAAAAAUACUAAGCUUCUUUUUGGGAACUGAUAACACUAAAGAUUGUUAGAUCUAAUCUGUUGCUAUAUGAUUAAUGUUUUCAAGGCAAUUUGUUGCGUAGUUUAGGCAAAUUUCAGGUGGGUUGAUUAGAAAGUUGUGGAGUUCUUACUUAUCAUUUAAUCUUAUUGUAAUUGGCUCGAGCAAAACAAUAAAUUUGGUAAUAAAGGUCGCCAAGGAUCAUGGGAUAUGUAAUAGAAAAUUAUUAGAAGAUUUCAAA